UCGCCUCGAAACCUGGACGGCAAGCUGGCGGGGUCAGCCCUCGACGAGCGGCCUGGGGCAUGGCUGUGUGGGGCCCGGGAGGUCGCCUUGGCUUGCGCGAGUGCCUUGGAGCCCGCAAGCUAUUGUGUCCCCGUUUCCAGAGCCGUGGCCCCCAGGGCGUGGAAGACGGGGACAGGCCACAGCCUUCCUCGAAGACUCCCAAGGUCCCCAAGAUCUACACCAAAACAGGAGACAAAGGGUUUUCUAGCACCUUCACUGGAGAAAGAAGACCCAAAGAUGACCAGGUGUUUGAAGCCGUGGGAACUACAGAUGAAUUAAGUUCAGCCAUCGGGUUUGCUAUGGAGUUAAUUGCACAAAAGGGCCACCCGUUUGUGGAAGAGCUUCAGAAAAUCCAGUGCUCCCUGCAGGACGUCGGCUCUGCCCUGGCGACUCCACGCUCCUCAGCCAGGGAGGCUCACUUAAAGCAUGCCACGUUUGAGGUGGGGCCCAUCCUGGAGCUGGAGCAGUGGAUCGACAGAUACUCUCGCCAGCUGCCCCCGCUCACCGCCUUCAUCCUGCCUUCGGGAGGCAAGAGCAGCUCCGCACUGCACUUCUGUCGGGCCGUGUGUCGCCGAGCUGAGAGACGCGUGGUGCCUCUUGUCCAGACAGGUGAGACCGACGCAAACGUGGUCAAGUUCUUAAACAGACUCAGCGACUAUCUCUUCACAUUAGCCAGAUACACAGCCAUGAAGGAAGGGAAUCCAGAAAAGAUAUACAAGAAAAAUGACCUGUCGGACCGCACCUGAGGCUCUGGGAAAGAAUGGAAGUGACGACGGUGAAGGGAAGGCUUCGCCCUCGCGUCCUGACCCCUGAAGAUCUCACCCACAGGGGCCAGAAGCUGGUCUGUCUAGACCUGGCUUCCUUUCACAGCCCUGCCACUUCCUUUGGCAGCUGUGGCUGGUGGAGAAUCCUCCCCUCCUCCCCUGGGCUCUCCUCGGUCUUCCAGGAAGUGGGAAUGAAGUCGGUGUUGCAGGAAAGAAAGAUAAAGUGAUUGCUUCAUUGAGGAACCAAGCAGAAAAAAAGAAUAAAAGUGGGAAAGGCUUG